GGAGCGUGGUUCCCAUACAUGAUGUGUUGUACCUCGUUCCUUUCCUUCAGGCAACAGUAGUUAUAUGCAUAACAUUGCGUUUUCUCUCUCUUUGGUGUAUGUGGGACUUUUAUCGGUCAGCCUGGAUAAACAUGGAGUGUUGGAACUGAUAUCGACAAAAGAAAGUUCAAAGUGGUUCCGAACAGGCGCUGUACUGUUUUGGCCCAUUUCCGGGUUCUGUGGGGGGAACUCCGCCAGAAUGACGUCACAGCGUGCGGCCAUCGGAGGUGGAUCCGAGCUGAAGGAGCUCCGCAGCUCGGCCGAAGCGUGAGGCAAAAUGAAACAUGGAUGAAGAGGUCGCCGAAAGUUGGGAGGAAGCUGCUGAUAGCGGGGAAAUGGAAAAACGGUUAGAAGAGAAGCUUCGGAUCAGCCGGAAAGAAAAAGAAUCCAGUAAUUCCUCACGAUCGCCAUUAAAAGCAACCAUGGUAAUACAGGACAACUCCUUACCAGCAGCUCCCCCACCUCAGAUCCGAAUAUUGAAGCGGCCAACGAGCAACGGGUCCCUGGGAUCCCCCAUGAACCAGAACAGGCCGUCGCCGCAGGUCAAAUCUCUGGCCCAGCGGGAAGCAGAGUACGCAGAGGCCCGGAAGCGAAUACUGGGCAGCGCCUGCCCAGAGGAAGCUCCUCAGGACAAACCCAACACAGACAGGCCAGCGCGCAAUAACUCCACACUGCCUUCAGAGGACUCCAGAUCAAACAAUCACACGAUCCGGCAGCCUGCCGGCCCCGACGGCACGCAGGGCUUCCGACAGCACAGAUAGGCAGGCGCCCAGGGCGACCCGGCCGUCGACGGCAGAGGGGUUCGGAGCGACCCGAGAUCAAACCCAGCGCCGCUUUCUCGACACUUCCUUCCUUCAGUUCCCUUCCAUCAGACGUGCUGCGACUGUGGCUGCGUUGUUGCCCCGCUCUCCCUUCUCGCCGUCGGGGAGCGAGGAGCUCCAGGAGGAAGUGGAACGGAAACGAGCUCCCCUCUCUCCUCCUCUCAAGUCUGUUAGGCACUGUGAUUAUGGACAUAUUCUGGACUCACUGUGAUCAUCCCCCUUCCUUUAAGAGACACCCCUCAGCUCCAACGUUAUCCUCAUUCUGUYCCCCAGCGGCUCCAUCAAAGACCGCCAGAAGGGCAGAAACAAAACAAAAUAAAUAAAUAAAUAAAGACUUAAAAACCAGUUCAAAGAUGAGGCGAUAAGCCGCCAUAUCAAAACCAGAGCCUCUUCCUGCUCAGCAGCUUCUUCCCAGCAAUAAUAUCAAACAUCACUUUUUUUUGUUUUUAAUUUUUCAAAUGGUGGCUUGUUAACUUUUAGGUUCUUUUAUUUUCUUGUUUGUCUUUAUCAUCGUUAGGGGAUGCACUGAUAUUUAUUGAAAACAGAUUUAACAUCAAGAAUCUUUAUUAAAUCAGUAUUAAGAUAGUAAGUUUAAAAAAAAUAAUAAAAUCCUGCAGUUUUUAUAAAAUAGGAAUUAUAUAUUUUUUUGAUACUUAAAAAAAGUGGAAUAUUUUUGGUUAUUCCCAUCUAGUUUAAAUGUACUUCCUGUACUGCAGCAGGGAGUAUUUCACAGAAAAAGUUGCCACUAAUGCUGAAAACUGUUGAAAGUAUCAGUGCACCCUGAGAGUGUAAAAAUGCCAUUUGUUUAAAAAAAACGGUUUGGGGUUGUGUGCGUUAUGAGGUAUAUCUGAUAGGUUUUUACUUUUUUUUUUUUUAAAGCUUUUUAGUUGUUUUCUUUGUGGCAAAUGUUUAUUUAAAUAWGAUAAAAAGGAGAGUUGAUUUAAAUCAGUUUUAAGUAGCUUUUUUUUUGGUCUCUUUUUAUGAAACAGCAGCAGUAUAAGARCAGUAUUUUAAACGAUAUAAACCAAAAGCCCUUUUUAUGAGUUGAAAGUAAAACUCUUAUUUAAAGGUGGCGUUAAAUUUGGAGCGUGGGAUGGACGUACUGCUGUAUUUUGCAAGCUUUUCUGUUGCGCCGCCACCCUUUAUUUUAUUUUUUUUAAACGGUGUUUCUUCUCGUCCUCCACUGAAGUACAUCACGUCAGAACUCAGGUCCAUGUGAAUGAAACUGAAUGAAUGAAAUGAACCGAGAUUGUAUUUUUUCCAGCGAGUUUUAAGAGCUCAAACAACUCAUGUCUGUGUUUAGGUUGGCACUUAGAAACUGUGCUCUGUAGAGCAAAUUUUAACUGUAACAACGUCCACAUCUUCACUUAAAUUAGUUAUUUUUUUGUUUGUUUUGUUGGAAUCUUGGUCUUAGAACUGUACUCUGUGUAGUUGUUUUUCACUAAACGAUGACUCACUGAUAAAAUCAARCAGGACGUGAACCAAAAAAAGGACUUGCUUUCCUUGGACCAUCAUGCCCAAUCAAUGUUCAUGUUCUUCACCUUUAACUGUUUAGAGGAGAUCUCAAAGCCAUAUUUAGUAGUGCAGGAUCAUCAACACAAAAAGCUUUUUACRGUAGUUGUUGAAUUCAGCUUGUGCCUCUURUUUYGAAUCUUUACUUCCUGGUUUAUUUUUACUGCUUUAGUUCAAUAAAAUGAAAAUAUCUUGGGGGGGAGUAUUUGUCGAUAUUGUUAAAAAAGAUUUUAGUUUAGGAAACCUCGYGACAGAACAGACGGGCUUAGAUGAGCUCAGAAAGGAAACUGCCUGUAAAUACUGAUUUAAUAAAAUGAUUUACUAAAA